CCCAUGUGCGCUGCUUGCGGAGUGUAGUUCAGUGUGAGCCGCUGUUUUAGCCGCUGUCGCGCACUUUCUCCGUUUCUCAGAGCUCUUUAUACGAGUAACACACACUAACAGGCGCUUCAACAUGGCGAGAGGAAGCCGCAGCCGCCCCUCAGCACCAGCGAGUGCCCCGGCCCACUCCCACACGCCGGCCCCGGCCCCACCUCCCCCAGCAGCCCUGGCCCCAGUGCAGGCCCAGCCCAAGCAGCCGGGCCUCAUGGCCCAGAUGGCCACCACGGCAGCCGGAGUGGCUGUUGGCUCGGCCGUUGGGCAUGUGAUGGGCAGCGCUAUCACAGGAGCUUUCAGCGGAGGCAGCAGCUCAGAGGCAGCCAAACCAGCCCCCGCAUACCAGGAACCCCCCAGGGCAGCUCCGCCGCAGGCCGGCCCGUGCCUCUUUGAGGUGAGGCAGUUCCUCGACUGCGCCACCACUCAGACAGACCUCAGCUUGUGCGAAGGCUUCAACGAGGCUCUAAAACAGUGCAAGAUCUCACACGGUGUCUCAUCUCUGGUGUGACGGGGCAGAAAAAGGAGCAUUUUAAGUGAACACUCACCUUAGACGGCUACCUUAUCGGUUCAGACUGUCUAGAUCUCUCCAGCACUCGGACUGUAUCAGUUUGGUUUGUCAUUAUGAAGCGUUUCUUUUGGGUGUAUGAUUUAUGUGUGAGCUAUGUAAAAUAAAAAGAGCUGCUAUUUG